AUGGCGGCCACCGCGUUGGUCUCCCUGAGCUCGGCGUCUCAUUGCUUCGAUGUUCAGUUCCACCCCGCGGAGCCUCUGGUGGCCAUCGCGACGAUAUCUGGCGAGAUCGAGCUGCACAGGUAUGAUUUGGAGGCCACCUCGUCCGAGAAGCGCCUGAGCUGGGCCGCCCACGCGGACUCGUGCCGGACGGCGCGCUUCUUGCCGUCAUCAGGGUGCUGA